UUUUAGACGAUGAAAACAAUCGGAAUAAUACUUUUACUCAUACUUCUAGAAAAAACUUCUGCAAUAUUCGUUCCAGUUUUCAGUUCAUUCGGUUUAAGAACGUGUACACUUGGUGCUGCUGAUCUGGAGUAUAUCUAUUCCUAUGAUUCGCACAUCAAAUGUGUGACUGCGUGUUCAGCGGUGGUCAGCUGCGUUGGCUGCUCCUACCAUCGCGACACAAAAACUUGCCAGCUGUUUAAAGCGAGGUCUAAAAUGGCUAUAACGCAUGAUAUCAAGGAUCUCUGUGUAUACUUCGAGAAAUCAGGAAGCCAAAUGAAGCACGAUGAACUAACGGGUCAGUUCAUCGGAUGUUACGGAGAUGGCAUACCGCGGGAUUUGAAUGGAUUUUCCAUGCAUUCAGGUGUCCUGACGCCGUCAUUGUGCUGGAAAAUUUGCAUCACUGCCGGCAACACAUUCUUUGGAGUGCAAAAUUACUACGAAUGUUACUGCGGUAACUCUUACGGUUUGUAUGGACCUACCCCUGGCACCUGCACUUCCAAAUGCACCGGUGAUUCAGCUGAAAUCUGUGGUGGAUACUCUAAAAAUUCCGUAUACAGUGCUCAAGCCAAUGGUAAGACGUUUACAUGGUUAAUAACCGAAAAUGCUGCCACAAGCAAGCAUGUCAAAGUGUUUGAUGCAAUAACUUCCAAGUGGUCACGGUUGAAAAACCUAUUGGCCAGCCAGAUGAACAUUAACUGGAAGAAAAAGUCUCGGGAAGAACUUGUUAGCUGGUUGCAAGCUCUGUCUCCGCUAAAAUAG